GGGUUUCAUCAGCUCCCCGCGCAACAACCUGAUCAGCCCGGUGGAUUCCCAUAGGAACGGUUGCCCCUCACACAUCAGAAACCGAAGGGAUAUCUGCUCCUGUCUCCCUGGCCAAGGAGACUCUGCAUCACUGAUCGCUCGAUCUCCAAGCGCAUAUCCGUGCUAUGGAAAGACACGUUACACGCAUUUGAUGCCAGCCGUCAUUGCGAGCAACUCUUGCCCUUUUUGAUCACCUGCACGAACCAUCACGUCGCACACAACACCCCCUUGACUAUCCUCUUCUUCCCGACUGGUCCCAGCCUUUUGGUUUGACGACUAUUCUUAUAUCCGGCAUCUCGUAGUUCCUCAGCAAUAGGAAACAUCCAAUUUCUUCUCCAUACUCGAUUCUCGUCCACCUUGUCUCAUCGUCCCGAACAAUGGCACGCACCGAAGAACCGCUUGAUGCCCCCGAUGGCUCCGCUUUGACAUGGAUUUUCGACCAUUGUCUUCGGUACCCUGGUACCUACGAGAUCCCGUUGCGUUCCAUGUAUGCGUUGAAUUGCAACCCCACCAGACAACAGCCAUCCUCAACUACCCGCCAGCCUGAAACAGCCUUCCACCGCCCGACCAAUUCGUCCUCUUCUCAAGACUCGAUGGAUCUCGCUGCUGAUUUCCGGGCUCAAUUGAGCCACCAGAUCUCCCGUCUGCCCUCGCAGCCAUGCAACCUGCCUCCCAGCUUCGUCACCUCCUUUGUGCGUCGCUGCUUCACCCCUCAAUUGGUAGAGGUCGAUUUCCCUCAGGCAUUGACCGCCUUGGACUACCUCAAAGAUUUCGAAAUCCGCCGUCGGAAGGAGGUUGCUGCCGCUUUGCAGCGACUGGGUGUCGAGCCGGAGGAUGUGAAGGAGUCGUCCGAGUUCGCCAAAAAGUACCCUGGUGCGAUCACCUGGCUCGAGUCCCUCAACUCUCGCGGUCGCCGCAUCGAGGCUCUCUACACCCAAGUCUAUGUUGGCUUGCGUCGCUGGACUCUGAUCAACGAGAUGUUGAUGGAACCUUUUAACAAGGCCAAUUGCAUCGCAAUGCUCAACACAUUGUUCCCCCCGGUUACCGACGCAACUGUACCUCCGACCUCGUACCUGACGCCUGACCAUCUGAGGUCUCAGCGCGAUGGUUUCUUCAGGUACAUUGCGGCUGUGGGGCGCAACGGCCCGGAAGUGCUCAACGAGAUCAUCGUUCAGGGCGCACUGCCCGGCGAUGAUAAUGGCUGGCCUGUAGUCCGGGAUGUUCUCGAUCGCUACCUUCGUGCGGCCUUGGACAUUUACGAUGACUGUAGCACGGUCACUGGGCUCGCCAGUUUUGAAGAGAGUACUGAAUCUCAGACCCGUGGUCACAAAGGCCGCAAGGUUGACUCCGGAAUCAGUUUCGGCUCCGCGGAGAAGAUUCUCGCCGCCGGGGGCGAGAGCAGCAAGGAAGUCGAGGAUAUUCUCGAGAAACCUCUGCCUCCACCUCCCACGACCAGGCAUAAAUCGGGCUCUGCGUUGGAGCGGCUGACUCGCGAGCUUCGCAAGCUGGGCGAAUCCGGCAAGGUCAAAAGUCUCAAGAAGAUGAGAUCCACGAGUGCUCUAGCGGUGCGGUCUGAAAACGUGCCCAGUCGGUCGGAAGAAGAGUCACUCUUUGAGAUUGAUGAAAUGAAACGCCGGCGGCUCCUGUGGGAAGCCUCCAACCGCAAGAAAGCCCAUUCGAAGCAGUCGAGCACGGACUCGCGUUAAGGCUCUUGUUGCAGUACUACUACUUGUUCACACACUUAUUUUCUCUUUCAUUUUAGCGUUUUACCACAUGCUUUUCCCCCACACCAAAAGCAGGAAAGACAAAAGCCUGGAUGCUUUCAUUACUGGUACAUGUUUGGAGUCUAUCAGGUUAGUCAUGUUGGCGUUUUCAAGACGGU